UGUGUGCUCAGAUUGAGUUAAAAAUGUUUGCUCCGUGUUUGCUACUUAUAUUAUUUAUCGCAACUCUCAAUGCCGAUGAAUCCUUACGUUGCGAUUUCACCAACGGCUCAUUCUGCGGAUGGAGCAAUGACCCGCAGGCGACAGAGGACAACAUUUGGUCCGCGAGCCAAUACAAUUUCAUAAAAACCAGCCUGUAUAAUGUGAUUGAACCUGCUCGUCUGCUGUCUCCGAUGUACGACAGAGCUUUAGAGGAAACUGGAUGUUUUUCCUUGAGAUUUACAAUGAGUGUUGAUCAAAAUUUGAAAUUCCCGACACUCCGAAUAUACCAACGGCCGGAAUAUAUUGACCUUGAAAAGUUCAUUCAGUAUAACGAAGAAGCCAAGAAGAAAUAUCUUCUUUUUGAGAUCAAGGCGAACUUGGAUAAGUUUUUCUUUAAUGCAGUGCCAUCACUGGGUAAAUUUGACGAUAAUUUUCAGAUCAUUAUAGAAGGAAACUCCGCUAGCUAUUACGCGUAUUUGGCGAUAGAUAACGUCGCAAUACUGCAGGGGACUGACUGCGCUUCAGCAGUUUCCUCCGCCAGGUUUCCACCGUCACCACCAGCGUAUAACGUUGAGGAGUUUUACGUACACACUACUACUGCUGCUCCAACAUCUUAAUUACUAUGCAGCAAAAACUGCCCCGCCACCAACAACAAUAGUCCCGUCACUAAAUAAACAUCCCCAACGGCAACAUCUUAAAGAAUAAACUAAACAACAACUCUGCUCCGCCGCCAACAACAAAAUAUUCACCACCAAGAAGAAAAAAUUCACCACCAAUAACAAUAAAAACAGCCUCACCGGCUACACGAGGAGUAAACGGGUAUUAGCCAUGUGAUAUCGUUGUGACAGUGCGUGUAGUAGAAUUUAAGAUUUUUUUGUUCUAUGUUUAAAUUCUUUAUUGUUCAAUAAGUCACAAAGGCGAAGUUAAUCCCAUGUAGCAUUUUUUCCAGUUUACAUUACAUACAGUUACAGUUACAGAUAGUUUUGAGAUACAGGAUAGUUCUGACAUUUUAAUUUGAGAAGAAAACAUAA